AGCAGAGUGUAACACACAUGAGCAAUCCCCAGUGAGAGACCAGGCGGCUGCACAGGAUCUCAGUGCCACAGGACGCCGGUCAGUGAUAUGACAAGAUGGAAGACAGUUAUCUGGUAUCGGCCUCUGAACGCCUUUUGUUGGAUCACGGACUUGCGCUCAGUAAUUGCCGGGCUAAGACGCUUGAUGAACUUGUCAUUUUAUACCUGCGCAAACUGCUGCUGAAGGAGGUGGGCCUGAUACAGUAUUGUACCGCUCUGCGGUCCUGCACCGUGGCUAAUAACUUCAUUACAGACAUCGCGGCUGUGAGGGAAUGUGUGCAUGUGGUCAGGCUGGAUUUACAUGGAAAUCAGAUACAGAAUCUUCCAGGGAAGGAAUUUUGGAAGGCGUUGGAGAAGCUGAAACUCCUUUAUCUGCACAAUAAUCAGAUCAGCAAUCUGAGUAACGUUGAGUCGUUGUCCUACUGUCCGGCGCUGGCCGGGCUCACACUAUACGACACCCCGCUGAGCCUGCAGAAGGGUUACCGCCACAUCGCGGUUAACAGCAUAUGGUCAUUAAAAGCCUUCGAUAACUUUGUUAUUUCCGAUGAGGAGAUUAUUGAAGCCUGGACGCUCCAUGGCAGGUUCAAGGCUCUGUGUCCCGAUUUACACCUCAACUUGUUACCGGCGCCCAGCAAGGACUUCUGCUUGCAGAAUGACAUGAAGGUUGUGAACGAAAUCAUUAGAAAAAUCAAUGGCAUCCUUGCACGGUGUUCCCCUGUGCUAAUUGUCCAGAAGUGGAUACGCGGAUAUUUAGUGCGCAGGAGACUGGGACUUAUUCCUCAUCUGGAGAUGCAGAGGAAGAAAUCACAUUACCAGCGUAGAGGAAGUGUGGAGGAGGAGAGGAAGACCAAAGUGAUGCCUAAUAACUUGCCAGCCCUACAGAUAAGCCACAGAAAGCUGCCCGCGAUUACACAGCCCGUGAGAGGAGUAAAUAGGACAUUGGAUGCACAGCCAGUGAUGCAUAUCACAGUGGAUCUGAGGACGCUACAACAGGACGUGCUGCAGGUUUUGCCAGAAGCAGAAAUUGUUUAUGAUCUGAGAGACCAAAUUCAGCCGCUGCCACCACCUGCCCGCGUCACAGACUCUGUACACGAGGAGAAGAGAGCGAAGGACAUCAAAGUAACCAAGCAGCAAGAGCAAGAUAAAAUAGAGCCAGGCCAACAAAAUGAUACAGAAUUUAAUCUUUUUGGAAGCAAAGCCGUAGUCUAUGAAUCAAACCCUUCAAAAGACCUUCUGGCAUCCAACGCAAAGUCAGCUAAAGAUAUCCGCUCUUCGGUCCAGCAAAUCCAUUCAAGUAUACAAGCCCAACGGGAACUUGCGCAUGUAGUAAAAGACCAGCUAGAGAAGAGAUGUCCCGAAGAAGGCAGAUAUUUAAUGAAUCUCUUACCCUUGUGCGCUGUAGACCGCGCAUACGAAAAUCGGGAGAAGUAUGACAGACAAGUGAAAAACAGGAAUUUGGCACUGCAGGUCCAGACGGACCGGAAGCAAGCAAGGUAUAACGUCGAAGAGUUUCUGGAGGGACGAAAAAAAUACGCCUUGGACCAAAAUGAAAAGGACGGCCAGUAUCUGCAGCAACAUUGGCGGGCCAGCCUGGUGGAGAAAUCCAACUUUAUUGACAAGGUCAAGCAUCGACAAGAACAGUUUCACCAGCAAAAGGAGGCGAGAAAGGCUGACAAUUCACUGGCCAGAGAGUUUAACACGCAGCACACGUCUGUUACAAAGACUCUGCUGAGACAUGACCGAAUAAUCCGGCGCCAGGAGGAAAUGCAAGAAAAGGCAGCAGCUCUGCAAAGUAUGAGAGAAAACCAGGAGAAGCAGAAGGAAUUCACCACAUGCCUCCAAAAACACAGGCAGCUGGUGCUCCAGAUUGAGAACGCUUCCGAAAAGGUUACGCUGGGUUCUCUUGUUCUUCAGAAAGCUAAUGACAGGUUACAUGAAGCCCAGACGCAUGUCACAACGCUGAGGGGUCAUCGCAACGCAGCAGAACCUAUGUAUAAAGUGGCCGUGAAGCAGCCUGUUUCCAAGGAGACACAGCUAAAACCGGGACGCACUUAAAAUAAUUGCCGGCAGCCAUCCAGUGAUACAAAAUACACAAUACAGGAGUUUGGAUAUUUUAUUUUAUUUUGGUUUUGGAGAAAUUAUUUUCCAUUCAUUACUGUACAGAUAUAAAAUAAAGUUAUUUGGGAGUUUUAUCUGA